AUGGAAGAUGGCGGGCUCCUCCGACCCUCUGGAAGACCUGCUAUUCUCCGAGGUGGAUGAGAAGGCGGUGAGCGACCUGGUGGGCUCGCUGGAGUCGCAGCUGGUCGGCCGUAACGCGAACAAAAGCGGCGCCUGUGCCAAGCAGCACUUAGCGAAAGGGUUAGCUUCGCGGGCUAAUGCUAACGUUACAUCCGAGCAACAACAACAGCAGCAGCAGCAUAAAACCACGGAGCCCGCGGAAACCAGCGGGAAGGCGGCGACCAGCACACCGCCCUCGCAGGCAGCAUCCCCGGCUAAGACCGGAGCGGAUCCCCCCGGCGUUAGCAUCAACAUUAGCCGCAGAGCUCCGAGCUCCAUGGAAACGCCGCGGCAUUACGGCACGCGCAAGAAGCGCGGCGGCGGCGGCGGCGGCGGCUCGCGGUGCAGCAGCGUGAACGGCGCCGGCUGCCCAUCCAGCCCCGGGAGCGCGCUUUCCAUGACGUUUACGCGCACCAACGCGUCCACGUACACCGUGUCCAGCUCCAGCAGCUCGGUCUCGCUGGACAAGGGAUCCCCUACGAUCGCCCUGCAACGGCUACCCAGUCACAUCGUGGCCAGCAUCACGCAGGGCAGGAACGGGACCAGCGUGUCCGCGCUCAUCCAGGAGGGCCACCUGAACCACAGUGAGAGCGCCGAAGAGAAACCGAUAGCGGACGGACCAAGCACGAGUCCAGUUCCAGCGUGCGCCACGGUGGGCACCUCUGCUGUGACCCAGACCCAACAGUCUCCAUCCCCGUCAGAAUCCCAGACACAAACCCAGUCCCAGCUUUCGUCCCCGUCCCAAUCCCAGCCUCAGAGUAACCCUCAACCUCAGCCUGUACCUGAGACUCAAACUCAACCUCAACCUCAACCGCAAGUUCAAAUCCAGUCCCAGACCCAGCCCCAGAUUCAGCCGGUGCAAAAUCAAACCCAAGCCCAAGCUCAGCCUCGACCGGCGGUGCCACCCCAGAGGAUUACGGCCCCGCAGCUGAUCGUCAGGCCGCCCCAACAACAGGCAACCAUCCAGCUGCCCCCGGGAUUCACGAUACCACCAGGGAUGGUGUUGGUGCGGACCGAGCUGGGCCAGUUGAUGAUGGUUCACCAGCAGGCUCUAGCACAAGCCCAGGCUCAGAGCGGCCUCUCGCCCCGACCCGCUGCCCCGACCAGCACAACUGCCUUCAGAGUCACCGCCCCUCAGUCUCCUGUCACGGCCUCGCCUGCUCUCCAGAAUAAAGUGGUUCCGUCCCAAACCCAGAGUCCUGCGCCUCAAACCGGCACCACUACAGCUACUACCGCCACUAUUAGGGCACCGUUAGCAGUGACGGCUCCCCAGCAGCAUCCCACAGCUCUGGGCCCCCAGGGGCCAACAAUGGCCCCGCCCACUGCAGCUGGUCCUGCCCCCGGAUCAUCCGUUAUCUCCCAGGAAAUGCAAGAAAAUGUGAAAAAGUGCAAGAACUUUCUGGCCACGUUAAUCAAACUGGCAUCACAUAAUUCCCCCUUACCAGAGACGUCAAAGAAUGUGAAAUCGCUGGUGCAGGACCUGCUGGAUGCCAAAAUUGAACCGGAAGAAUUCACCAGCCGACUACAGACCGAGCUGAAGUCAUCACCCCAGCCUUACCUGGUCCCCUUCCUCAAGAAAAGCUUGCCUGCGUUGCGCUUGUCCUUGAUGAACAGUCAGCAGACCUUCAUCCAGCCUCACCAGAUCAAACCCAACACGGUGGUAACCGCCCCGGGGGCCUUCACCCCGGGUAAUGCCCCCCGGCAACCCAACUGCACCAUCACGCCGCCACAGGGUAUUAAGAGGCCAGGGGUCGUAGGUGCGCAGGUCCGGAUGCCGGCCAUCAUCACACAGACCGUACGUCCAGCAGGUGCUGUAGGGAAAAGUCCGGUGCUGCAGGCGGGAAAAUGUCCCUCCGGCGUCGGCGUGCAGCUCUCGGGGGCUCCGAAAAACAAAGUGAACGAUCCAGGAGGAGGCUUGUUCAGGGACGAUGACGACAUCAACGACGUGGCGUCCAUGGCCGGCGUGAACCUGAGCGAGGAGAAUGCCCGUAUCUUAGCGACCAACUCGGAGUUGGUGGGCACGCAGAUCCGCUCGUGUAAGGACGAGGCCUUUUUGCCCACGGGCCUCCUGCACAGACGCAUCCUGGAGAUGGCUAAGAAGUUUGGGGUGACCGAGGUUCCUUUAGAGGCGGUGAACUUCAUUUCUCACGCUACACAGUCACGGCUGAGGACCAUGCUGGAGAAAGUGUCGUCCAUCGCCCAGCACAGAAUGGACUCCAGUAAGGACGAGGAGUGUUACGAGCAGUCGUCAGACGUUCGCUCUCAGCUCAAGUUCUUCGAGCAGCUGGAGAGGUUAGAAAAACAGAGGAAGGACGAGCAGGAGAGAGAGAUUCUCCUCAAAGCAGCUAAAAGUCGCUCGAGGCAGGAGGACCCAGAGCAGGCUCGUUUGAAGCAGAAGGCAAAAGAGAUGCAGCAGCAGGAACUGGCCCAGAUAAGGCAGAGGGACGCUAACCUGACAGCUCUCGCCGCCAUCGGUCCCAGGAAAAAGCGCAAGGUGGACUCGCCCGGAUCUGCUAUGUCGGGCUCAGAGGUAUCGGGGAGCUCGGCCGGGUCUCCGGCGUCGUCACUGGCGUCUCCGGCCUCGUCGCGGCACUUCCCUCGACAGCGGAUCACGCGCGUGAACCUCAGGGACUUCAUAUUCUAUUUGGAGCAGGAGCGCGAAACCAGUCGGUCACUCCUGCUCUACCGCGCUCUGCUGAAGUAGCGCGCGUCCGCCGCGCCGACACCGACCAAACGUUUCAACCCGACUCAGCUCAGCAAGACGGGAUUGGUAGCCAACACGCAGCGACCUCCAGCUUCCUCCUGUAACGUGCCUUCAGCCAGGUUCAGCUCUCCUGCUCUAUGUGUGUCUGAUGUGAUGUCAGUGUGGCUUUUUAAUGUAAAGAAAGACUAAAUAUAUAUAUAUAUAUACAGCACUGUGCAAAAGUCUUGGGCCGCCACUCGCUUUGCUGUUCUGGCAGUUUUAAUGACCGUCCAUCUCAUUUCAGUCUCUGUAUUAAGAUACAAUUGCAGGAAAUAUGUACGUUUUCAUAACAUGGGUAUUUAUUGUGACC